ACUUUUAUCUUCAGUGGAUAUUCGAUGAUUGUUCAUGUGUUACAAAUCAUCUACUACACUCAACACCUAAGAUACCAAAUUAUGUUACUGAAUGAGUAUAUUGUAAACAUAAGUGACUGUUCCUUGAACAUAGAUGAAAAGAAACUGUUCGAUGAUGAAGAGUAUCAAGCAACGAUAGAAAACAGACUGAAAUUUUGUAUCAGAAGAUGGGACGAAUAUUUAUUAGCAUACAAUCAGAAAUGCAGUGAAGUAAAACGCGAGCUAAUCUUUUUUAGCUUAUCAGGUUGGCUUCUGUGUAUCAGUUUUGCUAUAAUUAUGAUUUCGGGAAAAAUUACUCCGGAAUACUAUCCACGACAAACUAUAACAGGUUUGGCUGUCAUUUUGACUUUCUGUGGUGCGAUCGAGGCCGGUCAAGCCACCGAAACACAGAUGAAAGAGAUGGCCUCUGUCGUGAACGAAGUCAAAUGGUACAACUUUAAUAAGACAAACAAAAAAUUAUAGUCUAUUUUCGCCAUGAAUAUAAUGACAGAGAGAAAGAUACA